AUGGAAUUCAAUUCCGCUGGAAAUCACAUACCAAACGUUAGGAUGGAUUGCCUUCGUUUCAUGGGGCAUCGGUUUUUAUCCUCAACUCAUCUUGAAUUUCCGACGCAAAAGGUGACGUAUACAUGGGUGGUGGGAUUAAGCUUCGAUUUUGUGGUGUUGAAUUUGACGAAGCACUCCUCAUACUUGAUAUAUAAUGCUUCUCUUUACUUUAGCUCUACUAUCCAAAACCAGUACUUUGAAAAAUAUGGCCAUGAACAGAUGAUACCUGUAGCUGCAAAUGAUGUUGCUUUUUCAGUACAUGCUGUUUUUGUAACAGCGAUUACAUUGUUUCAAAUUCUAAUCUACGAUGUAAGUGAGAAUUUGGAUACCCCUGCUUUGCUUGAAGAUGGAGUUCUGACAUUUUCUUCUAAUAGGAAACUCUCAAUUCAAGUUUUUAUGACUGUAAUCAAGUAUGUACCCCAGGCAGCAAUGAACUUCAUGCGAAAGAGCACGAACGGCUUCAGCAUUGGAUUUGUUUUACUUGAUUUUCUUGGAGGGGUGACAAGUUAUGCCCAAAUGGCUGUGCAAUCUAUAGACCAAAGUGCGUUAUAUCUUCCUGAAGGGAAUAUCUUGCCAUUUGGGAAACUGUUUAUUGCAUGA